AUGGCCAGCUACGACGCCUACGAGCGGGAUAAUCCCCGCCGCGGAUACGUACGAGAGGACCGACGCGACGACAGAGAUGCACGCUUCGUCGACUCUCGCGAUUAUGCAAGGCCCGUGCCGUCGAGAGAGCUAGUUCCUCGGGCCAGAGAGGACAGUGAAUUGUCGGUGGAGGAAAUCCGCCGAGACUUUCCCCCGCCCACUGGACGAGACAUUCGCAGAGCCCGCUCUGCAGACCAUGACCGUCACUAUUACUACGAAGAUGACUACGACUAUCGCCACGACCCUCGUCAUGACAGAUCUCGCGAGCAUGACCGCCACUCGCGCCACGGGGGCUUCUACUACGAGGAGGAGGAACGCAGGUCCAAGCACAAGAGCAUGUCCAAGCAGGACAAGAUCAUUGCUGCCGUCGCCGGUGCUGCCCUGCUUGCCGGCGGCAAGGAAAUCUACGACCGCUACGAAGCGAAGCAGGAGGGACUUGAAGUGCACCGCAACCCCCUCUCAUCCGUCGCCCUCGCCGGGUUUGGGGCCCUGGCUGGUUAUCAGGGUGCCGAGUUCUACAGCAAGCAGCAGGCCAAGAAGGACCAAAAGACCAACUACAUCCUCCACCGCGGCCGUGACGGGCAAAUCAGCGAGUACUACUCUGAAGAUGACGACGACAGGCACAAAAAGGGCCACAAGAACUUUCUCGAGAGUGCUCUCGCCGCCACGGGCCUCGGGGCUGCUGUCAAGACCCUAACCGGUGGAGGCAAGGACGAUGAUAAACACUCUGACAAUCGAAGCCGUGGUGGUAGCCCGUCGCGGUCCCGCGCCGGCUCGCCCCGCUCCCGUUCCAGCGGCGCUGGAGCCAACAAGAUGCAAAAGGCUGCCAUGGCGUCCCUACUGGCCGGCGCCACCGAAGCUUUCCGUGUGGCAAAGGAGCCCGGCGGCUGGAAAGGCGAGAAGACGAAGCGUAUUCUCACCGCUGCUGCUGGCGCCGCUACUGUCGACGCUGCCCAGGGAGAAAAGCAUGGCAAAUUGGGUCUCGCCGAGUCGGUCAUCGGCGGCCUGGUCGGCAACCGUCUCAUAAAUGGUUCCAAGAAGGACAUUGAGGAAGACAAAGCAACGGGGCGAAGCCGAUCCCGAUCUCGGGCUCGCUCACAGAGCGGAGGCGGAGGCGGAGGCGGCGGUACCGGUCUUGCCGCCUUGGCUACCGCCGGCUUGGGUGCCCUGGGUGCAAAGGCAGCACUGGAUCACCGAUCCCGAUCGCGAAGCCGUGCUGGUAGCCGGGACCGAAGCUACGAUUCUAGGGAUGGGUCACCCGACAGGAGGCACCGCAGUCGCAGUCGUAGUCGCAGCGUAGUCGACAAAGCUCGCAACAGCUUGGCCAAGCUGGGAAUUGGUGGUGGAACCGUGGCUACCGCUGAUGACCAUCGACGCCGCGACCAAGACGACUUUGAUGACCGAGCAUCUUCACGACGGUCUCGAAGAUACUCCGAUGAAUAUAGCGACGACGGCCGAUAUGGAGGCGGCCGCGGCCGUGGAGGGGACGACUACGACUAUGAACGAUCGCACCGCGGCGGCGGCCGGCGAGAUUCGUCCCGUAGGCGAGGCGGGAGCCGGUACGGAUCCGAGUCUGACCUGGGUGACUCGGAUGAGGACGAGAGGAGGGCCAGAAAGAUGAGAGGUAAGCAGGUCAUUACUACUGGUCUUGCGACUGUUGCAACGAUCCACGCAGCACAUGAGGUUUAUCAAAGCAUGGAGAAGAGGAAUGCACGUCAAAGGGCUGUCAAGGAAGGCCGUCUCAGCACUGCCGAAGCCAAAAAGCUCAAGACCAAAGCCAUCAUGAAGGACGCAGCGUCUGUUGGCAUUGCCGCCAUGGGAAUCAAAGGCGCCAUCGAAGAGAUGAAGGAGGCCAAGGAGAUGACGCAUGAGUGCAAAGUCUUCAAGCAGGAAAAGGCCCUCCGUCACCAGAGAAGAGAAGAGCGGCGCAAAAGAGCCACGCAGCCGGGGGACAGACCCCGGCGAGCCGAGAGCUGGGCACCGUCUCGUUAUCGUGACGAGGACGACCUUUACAGAGAUGACUAUGGACCACGGUAUUACGACGAUAAUCCGUAUGGCUCAAGCAGACUCCCUGCGCCCCCCAUGGGUUCUGGUCGAUGA